AUGAGUGAACAGUCCUACCCAAUAUCAAGAGAAAAACCCGAACUCAACCCUCAAAAAUACUCUGACACUGAUAAUUCCUAUAACAAAUAACCGCAAAAUUAUAAACAGACCUAUUAGUACAAUUAUUUUCUUAACUUCUUUAGUAAAAAUCAGAAUCACGAUAGACAAAGCAAUAUCAACUACUCUCACAAUUAUAACACCUAUAGACAAAGCAAUUCCAAAUAUCCUCAAAAACAAAGAGACUAUUACUAUCAAGCAUAACCUGAUCCAAUAUCCUAAAGUUAAAAGCCACUCAAACAAUCUGAAACUGAAAAAGACUCUCAACAAACCAAUAAAGACUUAUUCCAAUAGGCAAAUCAAGAUGCCCAAUUCCAAAAUCAAAUCUAAAUUGGUGGCCAAUCCAAUCAAAAUCAAUAAUUGAAUGACAUUAAACCCUCAACUCAAGUUUCCAAUGAUAAAUAAGAGCUAUCAACGCAAUAAAUUAAUGGUCCUCAAUCUUAAGAGUCUGCAUCUAAGGAAAUCUAAAAACCAUAAUUUAAUGAAAAAGUAUAAACAAUUGCAAAUGCAAAUAGUGAAUCAACUGCUACAAUCUAACACAAUAAAUAGCUUCUUGGCAUUUCAUAAUAAUAAUUGAUUUAAUAAAAAUAAAUACCAUUAUUAGUAUAAUUUUUGAUUCUACCUAAUGACACAACUUCACAACCUUAAUUGAUCCCAUUAACAUUAUAAAAUUUAACACAAACAUACGAGUAAUUAAAGCUAUUAAUUUAAAAUGAUGAUUAACAAUAGAGUUGA